CGUGCCCGCUUGGCAUCAAGGACAUUCAGCCCGCGGGGGUGGGGACGCAGGGGGGCAGCCCCGCGCCGCCACAGCCGCCCCGAGAGCCGCCGCCGCUCGGGCUCCGUGGCUGCGUGCAGGAAAGGGGUGCUUGGGAUCGAGCCGCAGCUCCCGACCUUUUUGUUGGACAUUCUGCCCACCUCGGACGCCGCCGGAGGAGCUGUCAAGCCCCGCCGACUCUGAUUCGCCCUCCGCUCUCCUCGCCUCCUCCCGGGCUCCCGUGCCUCGGUGGAGUAUUUGCGUUCGGGGCUGGGCUGGAGGAGGCUGCCACACGCGCGCACACGCACACGUUCAGAGGAGGGCGAGAGGCACAGGCACCAUCUGCAGUGUCAAUGCGGCGCUCCCGCUGAAGGAGGCAAACGCGGCGCUGCCAGGGAGCCUCUUCUCCCAGGCCCUGGCCCUCCGGGGAGGCCGCUGUGCCCAGUGCCACCGAGCCGCGAGGACCGCGCCCUGAGAUGAAAGCCAUGCCUUGGAACUGGACUUGCCUGCUGUCCCAUCUCCUGAUGGUGGGGAUGGGCUCCUCCACUCUGCUGCCCCGGCAGCCACCCCCGCCACCCCAAAAGCGUUCUUUUGUCACAUUCCGCGGGGACCCAGCGGAGGGCUUCAACCACCUGGUGGUGGACGAGAGGACAGGGCACAUCUAUUUGGGGGCCGUCAACCGGAUCUACAAGCUCUCCAGUGACCUGAAGGUCUUGGUGACCCACCAGACGGGGCCGGACGAGGACAACCCCAAGUGCUACCCACCCCGCAUCGUCCAGACGUGCAACGAGCCACUGACCACCACCAACAACGUCAACAAAAUGCUCCUGAUUGACUACAAGGAGAACAGGCUGAUCGCCUGCGGAAGCCUGUAUCAAGGCAUCUGUAAGCUCCUGAGGCUGGAAGACCUGUUCAAGCUGGGGGAGCCUUUUCACAAGAAGGAACACUACCUCUCUGGUGUCAACGAGAGUGGCUCCGUUUUUGGCGUGAUCGUAUCCUACAGCAACCUGGACGACAAGCUCUUCAUCGCCACGGCCGUGGACGGGAAGCCGGAGUAUUUCCCAACCAUCUCCAGCAGGAAGCUGACUAAGAACUCCGAGGCGGAUGGCAUGUUCGCGUACGUUUUUCACGAUGAAUUUGUGGCUUCCAUGAUUAAAAUCCCUUCGGACACCUUUACGGUCAUCCCUGACUUCGAUAUCUACUACGUGUAUGGCUUCAGUAGUGGCAACUUUGUCUACUUUUUGACGCUUCAGCCCGAGAUGGUGUCCCCGCCGGGCUCCACCACCAAGGAGCAGGUUUAUACCUCCAAGCUGGUGAGGCUUUGCAAGGAAGACACUGCCUUCAACUCCUACGUGGAGGUGCCCAUUGGCUGUGAGCGCGGGGGGGUGGAGUAUCGCUUGCUGCAGGCUGCCUACCUGUCCAAAGCUGGGGCUCUGCUCGCCCGGACUCUGGGGGUCCGCCCGGAAGAUGAUCUCCUCUUCACUGUCUUCUCCAAAGGCCAGAAGCGGAAAAUGAAAUCUUUGGAUGAGUCGGCCCUGUGCAUCUUCAUCUUGAAGCAGAUCAAUGACCGCAUUAAGGAGCGGCUACAGUCCUGCUACAAGGGUGAGGGCACGCUGGACUUGGCCUGGCUCAAGGUGAAGGACAUACCCUGCAGCAGCGCGCUCCUAACCAUUGACGAUAACUUCUGUGGCCUGGAUAUGAAUGCCCCCCUGGGAGUGUCCGAGAUGGUGCGUGGGAUUCCUGUCUUCACAGAGGACAGGGACCGCAUGACCUCGGUCAUCGCAUACGUCUACAAGAACCACUCUCUGGCCUUCGUGGGCACCAAAAGUGGCAAGCUGAAGAAGAUCCGAGUGGAUGGGCCCAGGGGUAAUGCCCUCCAGUAUGAGACUAUGCAGGUGGUGGAGCCCGGCCCCAUCCUGCGGGACAUGGCUUUCUCCAAGGACCAUGAGCAGCUCUACAUCAUGUCAGAAAGGCAGCUCACCAGAGUCCCUGUGGAGUCCUGUGGACAAUACGAGACCUGCAGCGAGUGCCUCGGCUCUGGCGACCCCCACUGUGGCUGGUGUGUGCUCCACAACACGUGCACCAGGAAGGAGCGCUGCGAGCGGUCCAGGGAGCCCCGCAGGUUUGCCUCGGAGGUGAAGCAGUGCGUCCGGCUGACGGUCCACCCCAGCAACAUCUCCGUGUCUCAGUACAGUGUCUUGCUGGUCCUGGAGACCUACAAUGUCCCGGAGCUGUCAGCGGGCGUCAACUGCACCUUUGAGGACCUGUCAGAGAUGGAUGGGCUAGUGGUAGGCAAUCAGAUCCAGUGCUACUCCCCGGCAGCCAAGGAGAUGCCCCGGAUAAUCACGGAGAAUGGGGACCACCACAUUGUCCAGCUGCAGCUCAAGUCCAAGGAGACAGGCAUGACCUUCGCCAGCACCAGUUUUGUCUUCUACAACUGCAGUGUCCACAAUUCGUGCCUGUCUUGUGUGGAGAGUCCCUACCGCUGCCACUGGUGUAAAUACCGGCACAUGUGCACCCACGACCCCAAGACCUGCUCCUUCCAGGAAGGCCGCGUGAAGAUGCCUGAGGACUGCCCGCAGCUGCUGCGAGUGGACAAGAUCCUAGUGCCCGUGGAGGUGAUCAAGCCCAUCACUCUGAAAGCCAAGAACCUGCCACAGCCGCAGUCCGGCCAGCGUGGGUAUGAAUGCGUCCUCAGCAUCCAGGGCAGCGAGCAGCGGGUACCCGCCCUGCGCUUCAACAGCUCCAGCGUGCAGUGCCAGAACACUUCUUAUUCCUAUGAAGGGAUGGAGAUCAACAACCUGCCUGUGAACUUGACAGUUGUGUGGAAUGGGCACUUCAAUAUCGACAACCCAGCUCAGAACAAAGUUCACCUCUAUAAGUGUGGAGCUAUGCGCGAGAGCUGCGGGCUGUGCCUCAAGGCAGACCCAGCCUUUGAGUGUGGCUGGUGCCAGGGCUUGGGCCAGUGUACCCUGCGGCAACACUGCCCGCUGCAGGAGAGCCAGUGGCUGGAGCUGUCGGGUGCCAAUAGCAAGUGCACAAACCCCCGCAUCACAGAGAUAAUACCAGUGACAGGACCCCGGGAAGGAGGCACCAAGGUCACCAUCCGAGGGGAAAACCUGGGUCUGGAAUUCCGGGACAUCGCCUCCCAUGUCAAGGUGGCCGGUGUGGAGUGCAGCCCUUUGGUGGAUGGCUACAUCCCUGCAGAGCAGAUUGUGUGUGAGAUGGGGGAGGCCAAGCCCAGCCAGCAUGCCGGCUUCGUGGAGAUCUGUGUGGCGGUGUGUCGGCCCGAGUUCAUGGCCCGGUCCUCGCAGCUCUACUACUUCAUGACGCUGACCCUCUCAGACCUGAAGCCCAAUCGGGGGCCCAUGUCGGGAGGCACCCAGGUGACCAUCACAGGCACCAACCUGAAUGCGGGCAGCAACGUGGUGGUGAUGCUCGGGAAGCAACCGUGCCUCUUCCACAGGCGAUCUCCAUCCUACAUCGUCUGCAACACCACGUCCUCAGAAGAGGUGCUGGAGAUGCAGGUGACAGUGCAGGUGGACAGGGCCAGGAUCCACCAUCAGGACCUGUCCUUCCAGUACCUGGAGGAUCCCACGAUCGUGCGCAUCGAGCCAGAGUGGAGCAUCGUCAGUGGAAACACCCCCAUCGCCGUUUGGGGAACAAACCUGGACCUCAUACAGAACCCCCAGAUACGUGCCAAGCAUGGAGGGAAGGAGCACAUCAAUCUCUGUGAGGUUCUGAACGAGACUGAGAUGACCUGCCAGGCUCCAGGCAAGAACCUGAUCCCGCCCGUGGCUGGGGGCAACGUGAAGCUGAACUACACAGUACUGGUCGGGGAAAAGCCGUGCACCGUGACGGUCUCAGAUGUGCAGCUGCUCUGCGAGUCCCCCAACCUCAUCGGCAGGCACAAAGUGAUGGCCCGCGUCGGCGGCAUGGAGUACUCCCCGGGGAUGGUGUACAUCGCCCCGGACAGCCCGCUCAGCCUGCCGGCCAUUGUCAGCAUCGCCGUGGCAGGCGGCCUCCUCAUCAUCUUCAUCGUGGCGGUGCUCAUCGCCUACAAGCGCAAGUCCCGCGAGAGCGACCUCACGCUGAAGCGGCUGCAGAUGCAGAUGGACAACCUGGAGUCCCGCGUGGCCCUGGAGUGCAAGGAAGCCUUCGCCGAGCUCCAGACAGACAUCCAUGAGCUGACCAGUGACCUGGAUGGAGCUGGGAUUCCCUUCCUGGACUAUAGAACCUACACCAUGCGGGUGCUGUUCCCGGGAAUUGAAGACCACCCUGUCCUCCGGGACCUCGAGGUGCCGGGCUACCGGCAGGAGCGGGUGGAGAAAGGCCUGAAGCUCUUCGCCCAGCUCAUCAACAACAAGGUGUUCCUGCUGACCUUCAUCCGCACGCUCGAGCUGCAGCGCAGCUUCUCCAUGCGCGACCGCGGCAACGUGGCCUCGCUCAUCAUGACCGGCCUGCAGGGCCGCCUGGAGUACGCCACGGACGUGCUCAAGCAGCUGCUGGCCGACCUCAUCGACAAGAACCUGGAGAACCGGAACCACCCCAAGCUGCUGCUCAGAAGGACGGAAUCGGUGGCUGAGAAGAUGCUGACCAAUUGGUUCACUUUCCUGCUCUACAAGUUCCUCAAGGAGUGUGCCGGGGAGCCCCUCUUCUCCCUGUUCUGCGCCAUCAAGCAACAGAUGGAGAAGGGCCCCAUCGAUGCCAUCACGGGAGAGGCGCGCUAUUCGCUGAGCGAGGACAAGCUCAUCCGCCAGCAGAUCGACUACAAAACCCUGGUCCUGAGCUGUGUCAACCCCGACAAUGCCAACAGCCCAGAGGUCCCAGUGAAGAUCCUCAACUGCGACACCAUUACCCAGGUCAAGGAGAAGAUUCUAGACGCCAUCUUCAAGAAUGUGCCCUGCUCCCACCGGCCUAAGGCUGCAGAUAUGGACCUGGAGUGGCGGCAAGGCAGCGGGGCAAGGAUGAUCCUGCAGGACGAAGACAUCACCACCAAGAUCGAGAACGACUGGAAGAGACUGAACACGCUGGCCCAUUACCAGGUACCAGAUGGUUCCGUGGUGGCCUUAGUGUCCAAGCAGGUGACCGCAUACAAUGCAGUGAACAACUCCACCGUCUCCAGGACCUCAGUGAGCAAAUAUGAGAACAUGAUCCGGUACACGGGCAGCCCCGACAGCCUCCGCUCCCGCACGCCCAUGAUCACCCCCGAUCUGGAGAGCGGAGUUAAGGUGUGGCACCUGGUGAAGAACCAUGAGCAUGGUGACCAGAAGGAGGGCGACCGGGGGAGCAAGAUGGUGUCUGAAAUCUACCUAACACGCCUGCUGGCCACUAAGGGCACCCUGCAGAAGUUCGUGGAUGACCUGUUUGAGACCAUCUUCAGCACGGCGCACCGCGGCUCAGCCUUGCCGCUGGCCAUCAAGUACAUGUUCGACUUCCUGGAUGAGCAGGCAGACAAGCAUGGCAUCCAUGACCCCCACGUGCGCCACACCUGGAAGAGCAACUGCCUGCCGCUGAGGUUCUGGGUGAACAUGAUCAAGAACCCCCAGUUCGUGUUCGACAUUCACAAGAACAGCAUCACGGACGCAUGCCUGUCGGUGGUGGCCCAGACCUUCAUGGACUCCUGUUCCACGUCGGAGCACCGGCUGGGCAAGGACUCGCCCUCCAACAAGCUGCUGUAUGCCAAGGAUAUCCCUAGCUACAAGAACUGGGUGGAGAGGUACUACUCAGACAUCGGGAAGAUGCCUGCCAUCAGCGACCAGGACAUGAACGCCUAUCUGGCCGAGCAGUCCCGGAUGCACAUGAAUGAGUUCAACACCAUGAGCGCACUCUCAGAGAUCUUCUCCUACGUGGGCAAGUACAGCGAGGAGAUCCUCGGACCUCUGGACCACGAUGACCAGUGCGGGAAGCAGAAACUGGCCUACAAACUAGAACAAGUCAUAACCCUCAUGAGCUUAGACAGCUGAGACCCGUCCUUCCAGGGCCGCCCUGGAGGUGGGGACACACCAAGCCGUGCCUCAGUCUAGAUUAUCAUCUUUACCAAGUGCAAGUUCCCACUGGCAUCUGCAGCACCCCCUGAACAGUGCUUUCCCUCUCCCUCUCUCUGCCCUUUCUGUCUCUCCCUCCUGCCUGGAUACCUUCUCUUUCAGUUGCUCGGCCAACACGAUGGAACCCAGCCACCGACCCUCCGUUCAUCCAGGAUGGGCCCCUGCAGGCACGUGACCCUAAGACCCCGGCAGGGCUGGCUCUCCCAGCGGGUCCUCUGCAUCAGAAGCGGGGCCCGGGCAGGGGUGAGGGACCUUGGCAGAAGGUGCUGCUAUGCUGCUGAUUCACCUCCCCUUCCGGAGAGUGCACCUUUGUCUGAUCCUUGGUCUGGGGAAGACGCAUUGAGCUCAGUAUUAUCCUCACUGGGAAGACGCGCCUGGCUCUCCAUUUCUGGCAGUUGAGUUGGGGGCUGGUCUCUUUGCAACCAUGAGGAGGAGGCCACCCUGCCUGCAGCUGGUGGAGCAGGUGCGAAGGAUCGAAAGGGGCUCUGUGCACGCCUCUCGCGCGUUGAGUUGGUUUCCAGAGGUCUCGCUCCCCUUCGAGUCUUCUAGGAGUCCUUCCUAGUGCCUGGAGGGACCCGCCUGCCUGGUCUCCUCCCCUGCCUAUGGAAAGCAGACAGGAGAUAGAAUAGCAGUUUCAUUCCACCAUGGAGACGCUCCUAACCUCUUAUUCUGGCUCACAGUGGCAGAAGUGUAACAUGGAAGGAGAGCCAAGGGAAGAGAGCUGCAGCUACUCUGAAGGCAGACUUGGUUGUUUGCCAUUCGCCCCCCCGAUGCAGAAGAAUCGCAACUGUGCUCACGGGUCUAAUCCAUUGCCAGGUCCCCCAGGGCUGUCUCGAGCACUCCGUCCUCCUUGGCCAUCGCUCACCCAGGAUCAGCGUAAAAUGCAGAGUGCAUCUAGGAGAUUCUACCUCCGGCCGUCUCCAUGGCUCCAUCCCCACAAGCCUUCCUGAGGACUCCACAGAGGUUGGGGCAGUCUAGCCCUGCACCCCUGCAGAAUCUGGUGCCAUUGCUAUGCAGGUGACUUUGUCACUGGACUGUCCAGAAUCCCUUGGGAAUUAUUUCAUCAACAUCUCAGCUAUAUCUUUAGCCGCUUUCCUCCUUCAAUAGUUGUCACUAAGAGAUCCCCAUAGCACAAGUCCCACAGAGACUAAGGAAGAUGCCAGCCCCACCAGCCCCCUGCUCUUCACCUCCGGGAGGGACCGACACAUCACGCUAAAGGACCAGGCUGGAAAUGAGAGAAGGGACACAGCACAGACCUGGGCCCUGCACCUGGCUCUCCAUCCUCUUCCAUCUGUCUGCCUUGCUAUCUGUGGACACACCGCUUUAGCUAGUCAGGCAGAUGUGUGCUCGCUAGGUGAGGGAAGGGGAGCUGGGGCGAUGGCGAGAGAUGGCCAUUUCCAAGGGACCCUAGACACGUCUGCUCCCGUCUCCCACAGAAGCAGCAGUCUGUGCUGGCAGCGCUGGUAUCCAGUUGUCUGCCACCCUGGAGACGAGAAGAACCAUCUAAGGUGGGGUUGAAGAUGAGGAGUCCACAGUCCGAGCCUCAGUCCCCCCGCCUCUGAGAUCAUCCCCUGCCAUCCACUGAAAACAAGCCCCCCGCAAUAGGGGAAGGAACUAUACCGAUCCAGGGUGCUAUGGAGCACCCCAUUCUCCAGAAUGCUGGCCUCUUUGGAGGGGAACACGUGUGCACCUGUGUGUGUGAGCAUGUAUGUCUGUAGCGGCAGAGAGCCCAGAGUGAGUUCUUGUCCUAGGUAGGAGGAUUUUGAAGUGUUUCCCUUCUCUCGCUUGUCAUUCAUCCUGCAGCUUCAGGGCAUUUCAGUGCUGGCUUUCUCUGCUGAAGGUGGGGAGCUGGAGGGUACAGGGAGAGGCCAGCUCUCCCAGGAAACCAGGGUGGUCACUGGCCCGGGCUUGGACUUGACUGGAGGCCGGGAAGGAGUGACCCACAGGGCAUCACGUGACAUCAAGGUGGACAAAGAGUGGCCGGAAGCCCAAGUCACCUACCCAAGGGAAAGAUGCAUGUCAAGGAAGAGAAUAACCCAAAGUUUUGGCAAGUGAAGUGCGAGAUGAAGGCGCAGGAGUUUCCACCCUUGGUGGUUUUCUUCCUCCCCAGAAUCCCAGGGCCCCUGGCAGCCAGCAAGCACUGCCUCGCUCGUGAAACUAUUUUUGCACAUGUGAGGGUCAGAGAGGAGAGAGACACAGACAUAUUUAACACAGAUUUGCUGAAUGGCAGCUGCGUGUGUGUGAGUGAGUGUGUUUCCAUUUAUUUUUUAAGUUUUGCACAGUUAGAAAAAUAAUGAACAAGCAGAAGAAUAAGACUGUCCUCCCAGGUCUGCGGAAGCGUUUAUUUUUUACUGGAUUAUUAUUAUUGUUAUCGUUCCUUUGUCGGUACAUUUCCCCCCGUGUUUUUGUUAGAAGAGACCCUUCAAACACCUCAGAGAAAUGUCAGGAAGGAGGCGAGGGCACACGUGUCCCUCGCGCUCCUCCCUCCGGGAGAGGUUUUAUUUUCUCGGCUGAGGUGGGGGGGGGGGGUUGCUGGUGCCUUUUUGCCCACACCUCUGGCCUGCCUGGAGGCGCAGAAAUGGAAUGGGGCGAGGAGAAGCACAGCCUGUCUUGCCCGGAAAUAUUCUUGUCCCUUUCCAUGUUUGUUUUCUGUUUCUUCCGUUUGGAUUCUCGGUGCACGUGUGAUAUGUUUGAGUCAAGAUAAGGCAGUGUUGUUCAAAAUGCUGUCCUUUCCCCAAAAUCCUCUUUCCAAACCUUUCCUUGGGAUCCUCCAUCUGCCCCUGGCAGAGCGGAGACGCGGAGAGCUGCCCAAGUGGCAAGGAGGACAGUUCUAGCCAUAGAAGGGGUGUGGGCAGACGGGUCCUGGCCCUGGCGGGUGUGGGGAGGCCCUCCUCUCCGUCACGGCUCACUGGCAGGGUCACCGAUCUGUUGAAGGUGGGACCUUUAUCUGACUCCUUGAGUCCUAGGCACAGAGCAGGAGGAAAUGGCCUUCCCCACCCCCGUGUCCUCCCCUGUGACCACCAGACCACACAGCUGCAAAGAGUUCAUGCGUUCAAAGGGCCGCUGCGUGAGGUGGGAUUUGAAUGCCAGAGGCAAGUGGGCUGAAGGUAGGGAGACGGGGAGCUUUGGGGGGCCCCGCACUUGACCAGACAGAAACUGAGAAGAUAGUUGCAAGCUGGGCACUUCUCCCAAGGACACAAGUCUCCCCAGAGGUGGCCUUUGUCAUUCUAUGUCCCUCAUACCGUGAUCCCGACAUUUCUGGGCACCUUCAGACAGUGUCAUUAAGUGAGGUUGGCUAUUGGGUCAGUUACUUCCUCAGGAAAAUACUUCUUGCCUUCUUCUCUCUGUAGUUUUAAAUUUGGGGACAAGAUAACCUGAGUGCCCCACCCACCAAGGUACGUUCACACUCUAGAGAGACAGAUACCUCGCCCCUCCCCCAAGGGGAGCUGCAGGCCAGGGACUGGGGCCUGAGACCCAAGAGCAAGGCCGUGACCAGAGAGACGUCAUUUUUAAUCCCAACAUUUGAGGUCGCAAAAAACAAGAAGCGGGCAGGGCCGAUUGUGAGGGCCCCGGCCCUGCUCUCACACCCUAGUCCAGGCUGGUGAGAACGUUCCGAUGCUCCAGGUCCCUCUGCUCAUGUCCCCUUUGCAUGUCUGGCCUCUGAGUGUCCCCUCCCUGUCCCUCUCCAACCACCUCCUGCACGCAUAGUCUCUGGCCCCAGGCCUUGUCCCUUGUGGGGUACAGGAGCCGCCCGGCCCCUCUGUAGGCCCUCUAGGAAUGGUGCUGCCUCUCAGAAAGGUGGGUCCCUCCUCAGAGGAGCCACAGCAAUAGUUUUCCAAAUGGCCUCCAGUUAAGAGGCAAGUCCUGCCGAUGUUUCUAGAACCCCUAAACGAUGCUGGGACUAAUCCAAGUAGAGGCUACUGCUCACUUGGACCUAAAAGGAAAGUCCUGAUUUCCAUCUGUCUCCUUCCUCAGGACUAUUCUUUUGUCAUCACGGACUGCAAGUCCGAGACUUAGCCAAGGGAAGGCUAAGGUUAAUUAUCAUUAAUCAGAAGCAAACAUUGCCACCUCAGAGAGCUAAGGAGGCGGGAGAGACAGGAGGUGACCCGCAGGCAGAAGGCCUGGCCCAAAGCACGUCCUUCUUGGGCCUGGCCGCCCUCUCUUCCAGGGAUGGGCCACCCCAUGGUCACCCCAGUCCAAGUCUGAAAGUUCUCUGAGAGGCAUUUCUGUGAAUGGAUACCCUCCAGGGACCAGGGUCCCCCACAAGACCCUGGAGAAGACCCCAGCCCAGGCAGACCCUACAUCCAUGUUCCCAGUCCAUGCAAGGGCCUCCAAGGUUUGGAUGUAAGGUCCAAAUUACUGGGAGGAAAAGCAAAACCCUGUCGCUGUGACGUCCAAGGGGGUGGCGGGAGGCUGGAGGCUGGGGAGGUGCCUCCCCCAUUAUUAAAAAUGGGUCAGGACAUCCCCGGCGUAGAGGGCCAGGGGAAGUGUCCUCCGUGGCUGCUAUAUUCCUGACACUACCACUGAACCUUGGUGGGUAGGAGCCCAAAAUGCCACCCCCUACCCUUGCCGCCACCCCCACAUGGGUGCAGCAAAUGAGCCUUAUUUCACAGGGUGGGAAGGUGACACUGACGAGGCAGCUCUGAGAGACCCCAGGACGCUCGCUACAAGGCUCUUGGUCUGAGUGGCUAAACCCCUCCUGGGGGCAACGCCAGCCCCUCGCUCAGAAAGGAAUUCACAGUAAAAGUUUUGGACAUUCAAGAGAGACUUUAAAAAAAAAUCUUCAAAUUUUUGUUCCCCGAUAAAAUUAUUUUUUUAUUUGGAGGAGUACCCAACUUCGUAAAAUAUAUAGGAUUUGGGGAUUAUAAAAGUAAUACUUAUUAGCGUUCCAAUUUAGAUUCUUUUUCCAGUUCAAUUCUUCGAGCAGGCUGAUGACAACCCGAAGCAAAGCUAAGCGAAAUGGAACAAAAUGCCUAAUGGAUAAAAAGAACUUUCUAUUUGUCUUGGCAGAGAAAGUGAGGUAGGCCCGGGGCCAGGACCCCCCUCCAAUCUCUUCAGUCUUGGUGUCUCAGGGCUGCCUCUGGUGGUGUUGGGUCCCACAAGUUUCUCUCCAGGUUCCCUUCAAAUGUAGAGACGCCCUGUUAGGGAUGGCUCAAGGUGACCCACGUCGCCCCCUGCCCCCAAACACGCAUGCUCAUGGACAUAGACUCAGUCUAUGCAGCUGUUCUUCUACCCAUUUCUUUACCUGGAGUUAGAACUUCUUCUGUUCAUAACUUUGAUCUUCCCACUCAAGCACAUUUUGGAAGGGCUCCUUACAAGAGUAGAACUCAAAACAGAGGACACAGUGACAGAACAAGGCAAAGGACACUCAGAAACUGGGACUGCUCACCCCAGCAGACUGGAGAACAUAGUUCAGGCACCAGACCAGGAUGGGAAAGGGCUCCCCGUGUUCUUCCCGCUCCCUCCCUUGAUGUUCCUGUCUGCUUGUCAGCUCGUCAAACCUUCUGUUCUUGAAAAAGAAAAGCUAGUUUACCUCAAAGAAUCUUGUUUUCAUUUGGAAACCAAUGACUUUGUGUUUUAGAGUGCAUGACCCUCCCUGACACUCCCUGCCUGGGCCCGGGGCCCUUGGGGGUCUGAGGUCCUGCACACUGUGCUGGCUGUGUUGACCAAGAAUGAGACCCCCAGGCCCUGAGAUGGGAAGGGAGGGUUGGAUGCUGCUGCCUUCCUCCUCAUGUUUGCUUGCAGGGACCAGCCUAUCUUGCAGCAAGGUCCUGCCAAGUUACCAUAGCAACCAGCAACUCCAGACUACAAGAGACAAUGGCUCAGUGAGCCAGGUGUGGGGGGAGAGGAGUCUGGCCUGGUCAGAUGACCCAGAGUUAAGUCUCAAAUGCUAGAGGGAGAGGAGAGACAGGAAUGGAGGAAUGGCCCUUGAAGGAGGUGGAGCAGGUCACUCCUGGUCUCCCCACCUUCCGGUCCUGCCGCCCUGUUUCUGUUUCCAUAAAGCUCCUACCUUGAACACUGACCCUUGGUUAAAACAACGCAAACCAACCACAUCUUUAGACAACAGUGUUAUACUGAGCCUCAAAGACAGGUGGAUGAAAUCUAUUCGAGGAAGAGGUGUCUUCUGGUUUUGACUCCUAAAGAAGAGUAUCCUAGUCAGAUUAAAAACAGAUUAAAAAAAAAAGUUUUUAAAAAAGAAACCUAUGCUAUUUAAAUUGGAGCCCAGUUAUAACUUGGUAAAGGCAAGCUUCUGUACCUUUGUUAUAAUUAAUUGUAUACCUGUGUAUGUAAAUAUAAGGCAUUCCUAUUUUGCAGUUCAGAACAAAAAAAAAACCUAUUUGUAAUAUAGAAUAAAGUUUAUUAAAAAAUAA